UGUGGCACUGCGCUAACGGAGAGACAAGUCUGUGCGUAAAAGCCUGAAAAACACACAGCUGUAGCGUCAUCGGAGGAACAUCUGCACUAGCACUUAUCUCCUCAAGAGAAGCCACGAAAACAUAAACAGUGUCGGAGAGAGCGGCAGGAAAAUUAGUUGUAUGGCACCGCAGUCGUGCGUAAUGAAUCCUGCGCAAGGAUCACCGCCUGUGGCUGCUCCCGGGGAGACUUCGCCGGAGGAUAGAGUCGCUGAUGGAAUUGGAACUGAUGAGCUGGACCUGUCACCUGUUAGAAGGUGUAAAACCAAAAGUUCAGAUCUGCCUUUCAGUGUGGAAUCACUCAUAUCAGACAGGACGCCGUGCAGAAGCCUCCAAGACGCAGAGCCUGGCUCGGGUUGCGUCCGGAUAGAGGACGCAGAGUGUGCGUCACAGAGAGGAUUUUAUCGGUCUAAACCGGAGGCGGUGGACCUCAGCGACAAGGAGACGAGCUCCUGGUUGCAGGCGCCUUGCGCAUCCCCUCCAAGACUUCCCAGCCCCAGUCCGUGCAACCUACGGAAACACAAGAACAACAGGAAACCCAGAACUCCCUUUACAACCUCUCAGCUUCUUUCUCUGGAGAGGAAGUUCCGGCAGAAACAGUACCUCUCCAUCGCGGAGAGAGCGGAAUUCUCCAGCUCCCUCAGCCUCACAGAGACCCAGGUCAAGAUCUGGUUUCAGAACCGCAGGGCCAAGGCCAAGAGACUGCAGGAGGCCGAGCUGGAGAAACUAAAGCUGGCCACGAAGCCGUUGCUCCCGGCCUUCGCCUUUCCUUUCCCCUUGAGCGCACCAAUAGGCGCCCCGGCGCUAUACGGGGCCCUGAACGGACCUCGGCCUGCCUUACCCGUACCAGGACUAUUCAGUGGACCAUAUGGGAUGUACUACUUGUCCUAACUCAUACUAACUUUUAAGCUGCUUCGUUGGGGAAACUGCCUUAGCUUUAUCCAGCAAAAAAUAUUCUUAUGAAAUAAUCUGUCUGAAAUCUCAUAUUGAAUGAAAUGUUUUUCGUUAAAGAACUAAUGGGGAAAGAAUAAUAUAAUAACCCACAGCAGGGAUAUGUUAACAUAACAGUCUCGCUUCAUUUUAAAGCUGUUCAUUAUUUCCGGGAACAAAAACAAAACAGUUGUUUGCCUUUUUUAUUUUCAGUAAACACUUAUGUUAAGUUCACUCUAUGGUGAAUUAAUUUUGCAGUGGCAUUGGCUGAGCUCAUUUUCAGAUUCAGUUUUCAAACUUCACCUGAACAGCGAGGUUUCCUGUCCCAGCUCAGGUAUGCUUCAGUUCCAGUAAUUUUACUGUAGUAAGAGAGGACCACAGAAGACGAUUUUUUUUCAGAGCCUGUUGCUUUGAGCUGAAAGCAAAAACUUGUAAUGACGCACUGAAAGAUAACGGCUUGUUCAUUAUUUCUAUUUUAAAUGCUUUGAAAUGUACCACCUCUUCAAGGAGAGUUUUAAUUUAUAGCAAAAAUAUUUAAAUGGCAGUUUUGGUGACUUUCUAUAUUUUUCUGAUAGUCAUUUCUGAUUUAUCUUAUUCAUGUAUGCCACAGAGCUCGAAUGUUAUCCAAAAAGAAACGUAUGGUAAAUUAAUUCUUUCUUUCUUUUUUAAUGGGCAUAACCGCUCAUUUAGAAACAGCUUCACAAAUAACGGGAAUCACUUUGACACUUUAAUGUUGCAAAGAUGCGAAAGUGAUGGUUGAGAAUCUGUGGAUUUGGUGUUUUAAUAGAGUCUCUGAACUUAAAAUGGAAAUAUAGAAAAUUAAAGUUAUCCUUUAAUCACUUCCUGGGGUAAGCCCCUGAUGCUGUAAAACACUAAAAAUACUUUAAAGGCCUUUCCUCUUCAACAAAACGAAAACAUACAUAUUUAAAGAAUGUAGGUUCUACACGUUUCAUCUUUUGUGCCUUAGUUCUUCAGUGCUUUACAUUAACUGGAGUAAGAACCAGAAGAUCUUUAAAGGUUAAUUUACUGUAACAAUAAGAUUUAAGCAACAGUUUCCAGCUCGUUAACAACUGUGCUCAUUUCAUAAAUACAAUAAACCUGCUUUACUCAAGCCGUUACCUCAAAAGGAGAAUGUUUUUGCACAGGUGUCAGAAGAGCUCUCGAGACCAGCUUCAUUACUAAAUGUAGAUAACUCCUCGUGUAGUUUUGCAAACACUCCAAGUGUUGAACACGGCAGACCAACUUACAUGAGCUAUUAAUGUACAGUGUAUUUUAUAUUUCACAAGUGGAA